UGAAUCCGCAGCCACCACACAAGGAAAGGGUCACCCUUCUUCUUAUAUUCUCAAAUUUUGUUCAAUCUGGGAGACCAACACAGAAAUAGAGAAGAGGAGGGGUGUUUUUUUCUAUCGGAAUCUGCCCGCUCCCCGCUUUAAUCCAAGAAAAACCAGUGGGAAUUUCUUCUGGGGUUUCUUUUUUCCCAAUUUGGGAAUGCGGGUAGGUUUGGGUUUAGCUUAUUUCAACAAAUAUGUAUUGAGUUAUUGGCUCUAGCGCCCACACUUCGUGGAUAAUUAUUGUAAUCUUAAGCUUGGGUUGAAAAACAGCAACGAAAAAAGAGAAGAAAAACGGAUUUUCUGGAUGGGUUUCUUGGGUGAUUCUAUAGAGGAAAGUGGAAGGGGUGGAAGGAGUUCAAGGGUUGGUUUCAAAGCAUUGAUAAGGAGGAAACAGGUUGAUUCUGCCCAUUCUUCAUCCUCAUCAGGGCAUCAUCAGUUAGCCAGAGAGUUAUCUAUUCCUCAUCUUAUUUCAAUUGGGGUUGGUGCUACUAUUGGAGCUGGAGUGUAUAUUCUUGUUGGAACUGUUGCCAGAGAGCAUUCAGGACCAACCCUUGCCAUCUCCUUCCUUAUUGCUGGAAUAGCUGCAGCUCUUUCCGCAUUUUGCUAUGCGGAGCUUGCAAGUCGUUGCCCGUCUGCUGGAAGUGCGUAUCACUAUUCAUACAUAUGUGUUGGAGAAGGUGUUGCUUGGUUGAUUGGUUGGGCUUUGAUACUGGAAUAUACGCUUGGUGGCUCGACUGUUGCACGUGGAAUAUCUCCAAAUUUGGCCAUGUUGUUUGGUGGAAAUGAUCAUUUGCCUUCCUUUCUAGCUCGGCAAACACUACCUGGACUCAAUAUUGUUGUUGAUCCAUGUGCAGCUAUCUUAGUUUUGAUUGUCACUGCACUUUUAUGUAUGGGAAUCAAGGAGAGUAUUGCGGCACAAGCUGUUGUGACAGGUGUAAAUAUAUGUGCAUUGAUGUUUGUCAUUGUUGCUGGCUCGUAUAUCGGUUUCAAGACGGGAUGGGUUGGAUAUGAACUUCCUACAGGGUAUUUUCCCUAUGGAGUUGAUGGGAUGCUUGCCGGGUCUGCUACCGUCUUCUUCGCCUAUAUUGGUUUUGAUUCCGUGGCGAGUACUGCUGAAGAGGUGAAAAAUCCUCAACGAGAUUUGCCACUGGGGAUCGCAUCUUCAUUAUCGCUAUGCUGUGCCCUGUAUAUGAUGGUCUCGAUCGUCAUUGUUGGUCUCGUGCCUUAUUAUGAGAUGGAUCCUGAUACCCCCAUUUCCUCUGCAUUCUCUCAGCAUGGAAUGCAUUGGGCAGCGUAUGUGGUGAGUGCUGGAGCUGUUACUGCACUCUGCUCAACAUUGCUGGGUUCUAUUCUCCCUCAGCCCCGAAUCUUGAUGGCAAUGGCGAGAGAUGGGUUGCUGCCAUCUUUCUUCUCGGAUGUUAAUAAACAUACUCAAGUUCCUGUCAAGAGCACCAUAGCAAGUGGUGUUGGUGCUGCAAGCCUGGCCUUUUUCAUGGAUGUUUCAGAGUUAGCAGGAAUGGUGAGUGUUGGUACCCUUCUUGCAUUUACCACAGUGGCUGUAUCAGUGUUGAUUCUCAGAUACAUUCCACCCAAUGAGGUGCCAUUGCCACCAUCUCUUCAGGACUCGGUCGACCCACUGUCCCUAUCGUACCGUAGGAGUGCCGAUGAUGUUGAUGAAAAAGACCCCGAGAUCAGUUCUGCUAAGGACAGUUCUAGACCCUUGCUCGAGAAAGCGGAUUCAUCAGUUGACAUCCCCAUGAUUGGGAGCUAUCUAGCUCGACGUGGCUACGUUCUAAACGAGAAGAAUCGACGAAAAGUUGCGGGGUGGAUCAUCUUGUUAACAUGUAUAGGGGCUCUACUUCUUACAUAUGCAGCUACAAACUUGAGGCUUCCAAGCUAUGUUCGAUACUCAGUUAGCGGAAUCGGUAUAUUGCUUCUGUUAUCUGCUUUGGUCGUGCUCUCGUGUAUCGACCAAGAUGAUGCAAGGCACAGCUUUGGGCACUCAGGAGGUUUCACCUGUCCAUUUGUUCCUCUGAUACCAAUCGUGUGUAUUGUCAUCAACACCUAUUUGCUCAUCAAUCUCAGUGCUGGUACAUGGGCUCGUGUGUCAAUAUGGCUACUUAUUGGAGUGAUCGUUUACGCAGUCUACGGUCGAACCCACAGCUCUCUACGAGAUGUAAUCUAUGUGCCAGCCGCCCGUGCCGAGAAGAGAAACAAGUACUCGAGGGAGGUGGUAGCAUGAAUCAGUUGGUACAAAGAGUAGAAGGCAAAAACUUUGGUACAUUGCUUAGGACUAUAUUUUUAUCCAUGGAGAUUAAUCUAUCUCCUUGUAAUAUAGGGUUGGUUAUUGAAUUUCCUUCAAACCAAAUAAUGUAAAUAUAAAGCACAUUUCAAUUUUAUUUGUCGGUUA